AUGGAUCUCAGGGUUUGUGGUGAAACUGAAGAGACUUUCUUACAGGAUCAUCAAAAAUCAUCAAAAAUAGGAAAGUAUGUGCCUUUGGAGGUUGCUGAAGAUAACAAAUUUUAUCCUAUACAAUCAAAGAAUAUUUCCAUAGAAAAUCAAUAUUUCCUCUCUGCUUUGGUCAGCAAUGUCAGAUUCUCAGAUACUUUACGAAUUCUGACAUGUGACAUAUCUCAAAAUAAACAAAAACGAGUUGAGUAUUUUAACCAUACCAGUACUUCAGAAACCAUUGAAGGUUUUCAGUGUUCACCUUACCCCGAAAUUGAUCAAUUUGUUCUCUUGUUGGUGAAUAAAAAUGGCAUUAAAGGAGGAAUUCGGCGUUGGAACUACUUUUUCCUGGAAGAAUUAUUGGUUUAUGAUAUUUGUAAAUACCGCUGGUGUGAAAACAUUGGAAGAGCCCACAAGAGUAAUAAUAUCAUGAUUUUGGUUGACCUGAAAAAUGAAGUUUGGUAUCAAAAAUGUCAUGACCCUAUAUGUAAAGCAGAAAACUUCAAAUCUGACUGUUUCCCAUUACCUGCUGAAGUGCGUCUCCUAUUUCUUCUCAAAGAGGAAGAGGAGUUUACAGCAGAUAAAACAAGGAACAGUGAAACCAAGAAUCCUCGUGAACCAUCAUCUAGUGUAUCGUCAAAAGGUACAUUUUCUGAUGCUGACUGGGAUAAUGGCAUUGAUGAUGCGUAUAUUUUGGAGGCUACAGAAGAUGCUGAAUUGGCAGAAGCUGCAGAGAACAGUCUUCUGGGUUAUAAUGGAAUUGAUGAAAUUCCUGAUGAACUAAUUAUAGAAGUAUUACAAGAGUAGCUAAUUAUGGACACUUACAUAAGUAGGCUGUAAUUUGCUUGAAAACAGAUUUAAUA